AUGAAACUCUGGGAGCUCUUGUCCAUGCUUUCAAUGGUUUUCACUCUCGCCAUUGCAGGCUCCGUUGACUUCAACAAGGUUGUUCCCAUUGCUCAGCCGUCUCCAUCUACUUCCGCCCAAAAGGCUGCAAUCAAGUUCAAGCCUCGUCUUUCGAUCACUAACGGAUGCGUCUCUUUUCCUGCUGUAAAUUCAGCUGGAGAGACAAGUAGUGGCCUUCAAGAAGGAUAUAGAGGAAGCAGUGGCUGUACCAAUGCUCCAUUAGGCUCGCAAGUCUACGGACGCACUACCUGGUACAACGGCACGUUCGCUAUUUUGUACACUUGGUACUUCCCUAAAGGUUUCUGGAACGAGUACGCUACGAGACGCCACGACUGGGCGAGUGCAGUAGUGUGGAUAGACAACCCCGAGUUGGCAUCGCCCUCGAUAUUGGGACUUUCAGUCUCGACGGCAGAUUGGAAGUUUAAAACUUUCGCGCCUGCGAGCUCUGGUAUCACUGAUGGGACGACGCCCAGACUUGCCCAUGUUCUUAAUGUUGAAAAGGGAUACCCUUAUUUAACGACGACGGAUACUGUGGGCGAUUUUCAAGAGCUUAUUAUGUGGGACCAACUUACGACUGCAGCGAGGACAGCACUAAACACAACAGACUUUGGUGUUGCAAAGGUGCCUGUGAGUGAUGCCGCCUUCGACACGAAGCUGAAGAAGGCGUGGCCGUUCUAA